AUGGCGUUAUCCGAGUCCAUGUCGCGUUCCGACAUUGAGGAUCAGCUCAUGGAGUUAACAGACGAGUUCGAUCGUCUUAGAUCCGUGAGCAUAAAUCUCAAAAAAAUGGGCAGAGCUAAAUUCACGGAGAAACUCCUCCAAGAAAAGCUCGAAUACGCCGGGCGAACAUGGCGGGAUGUCCGCACCAUGUAUGCAAACGUGCGGAAGAUGAUUCCCGCCGCCAAAAGACAAGCCUAUACGCUUUUUAAGCCAGGCUACCUCCUCGGCGUGGAAAACGAAUUCCAGGAAUUCCAGGAUUUCGUAACCGCCGAGCUGACACGAAUCGCUGCUGAAUCGAGACCACCGGCACCGGAGGUCCAGCAAUUCAGCAUGCCCAUUGAGCUGCCCAAGCAAAGAUUGCCUAAAUUCGGAGGGGAUCCUCGGGAAUGGGAACAUUUCGAGGAUCUAUUUACCACCGGGGUGAUGAACAAUGUUCAGUUAUCAGAUGUACAGAAAUUGUACCAUCUGAACGCAUGCUUGGAAGGACCAGCUCUCGCGACGAUUUCGUCGCUCGAGAUUGUCGGGCGCAACUUCCCCGAAGCGUGGAGAAUGCUCAAGGAAAAAUACGGGCUUCCACGCAUGGUCACGGGAAGGUUGCUCGACAAACUAUUUUCGCUGAAGCAGAUUGAAUUCAACGAUCUAGCCAGCUUGCAGCAGGUCACUGUGGAAUGCACAGAGACUCUAGCUGCAUUAAGAAAAAGGGGCACGUCCGAACAGCUAGUAGAAUGGAUGCUAGCGUACUGGACGAUACAACAUUUCACUCCGAAAUUGGAGCUGGAAUGGCAGAGAUCGCUCGGCCUCUCGACUAACUACCCGAUGUUCGAGGAUGUCCGAACUUUCAUCGAUCAUCACGCACAAGCUCUGCUUUCGAUGAAAGAGGACCGUCGAGAGGCAGCUCUAGCCCCGGAAACAAAGUCCCGCAUGCCAAAGCCCAUCGAUGCUCGACCAAAAAGCGUCGCUUCGAAACCACUGACUAGCCAUAACGUCGUGGUGACAACCGACUCGGCUCCGAAAGAAAACCGGCCGAGUGCGGAAAACGACGGGCGAGUCAGGCCAGAACGGGUGGAAGUGUGCGGAUUCUGCUCUGGGCAACACAGCCUGCCACAAUGCAACCAUUUCAUGGUGUUGUCGGCGAGCAUGCGCACUCAGUACAUUCGAAAUCGACUAUGGUGUGUACGCUGCCUAGCCAGCUCCCACCCUACUGAGCGUUGCCCAAGACCCCAAGUAUGCAAUCAGUGUAGUGGGAAGCACCAUUCCCUACUGCACUGUAGUUACAAUUGGGACCAGAAGAAUGCGAGGCCGCCAGCACGAAAUUCAUUUGGCCGGCGUGACGAGAGCGGUUUUAACGCUCAACCACGGAAACCGACCAAGUCAAAGCCAAGAGGAAAAAGUACGGCUUCACACGCACAAGACAAACAUGCCUCGACAUCACACUGUACCGCGAUCGGUACAGGCGCACCGAGGCCUGUUGUGCUAGCUACUGCACGAGUACGCGUGUUUGGCGAGAACGGUGUGUCGCGGAUUGCGCGAGCACUGUUAGACCAAGGUUCGGAGACAUCAUUCGUCUCCGCGGGGCUGGCUAAUGACCUCCAAUUAAAACGCAUACGUACCCCAGCCAUGGUAUCAGGCUUGGGGGGCGGCGAAACGCAAAAAAUCAAAUUCAGCGUUGGAUUAAACCUCGGCUCGGUAAAAGGAACGAAACCGAUAUGUGUCGCUCACGCGUACGUCGUGCCGAAAAUCACGACCUACCGCACACCGUCGGCGAACGCGCUUGUUUACACUGCGUUCCGAGGUUUACCGUUAGCCGAUCCAGAACCCAGGGCCGAUCCUACGAUCGAAAUUCUGAUCGGAGCGGAUGUAUAUGCUCAGGUGAUUCGACCGGGCUUCCGACGAGGGGCGAAUGAAGGUCCGAUCGCCCAAGAAACGGCGUUUGGCUGGGUUAUAUCCGGCCCUAUACACGCUGAAGGCGACGGCCAGAAUACGGUAAGAACGCUGCAUUGCACCGUUCUCGAAUCGCUGGAUUACGCGAUUCGACGAUUCUGGGAAACCGAAGAAAUCCCCACGACCUCGGUGCGGUCCAAGGCGGAAGAAGAGUGCGAAGCACUCUUCCGAAGAACCGUCAAACGGGACAAAACCGGACGGUUUAUAGUCCGAUUGCCCUUGAAUCACCCGAGACCGGACGAAGCGUUAGGACAUUCGUUCCACAUAGCGCUGUCCGCUCUCGCGAGGAUGAAGCGUAAAUUGGACGCGGAUACGACCCUCGACAGAGAAUACUCUGAGUUCCUCGCGGAGUACGAGUCCUUAGGUCACAUGACUCGGCUUGAGCCGAUUGACCAGAAUCGACUGUACAUUCCGCAUCGAGCGGUCGUACGCACGGAAAGUGCAACGACCAAACUGCGCGUUGUGUUCAAUGCAACCAGCAGAACGGUCGGAGGGCGAUCCCUAAACGACGUCCUGCAUGUCGGACCAAAAUUACAGAACGAUAUCACCUCGGUUUUAACGAGGUGGCGUCUGUAUGAGUACGUUCUGGUGGCAGAUAUCGAGAAGAUGUUUCGACAAAUCCUCGUCGCCCCACAGGACCGUCGUUUCCAAUGCAUCGUAUGGCGCGCGUCAAACGACGAAAAGCUGAAAGCUUUCGAAUUGAAUACCGUAACAUACGGUACGGCGUGCGCCCCAUAUUUAGCGAUGCGUACCCUCCUCGAAUUAAAGGAGCAGGAUGGAGAGAGGUAUCCUCUCGCUGCUCCGAUCCUCGAGAGGGACAUAUACGUCGACGACGUAUUUAUGGGAGCGUCCAACAAAACCCUGCUAGAGAAAAUUCGCAAGCAAGUCUGCGAUCUCCUGCAGGGCGGUGGGUUCAAGUUGAGAAAAUGGGCUGGAAACUCCGCGAAAUUAUUGCGGAACAUCCCCCAAGGUGCUCACUCCCACGCCGUAGACCUCACUCUGUUCGACGAUUCCGAACUAAAAGUGCUUGGUCUACGAUGGAUCCCAUCCGGAGACUACUUCUAUUUCGAUCUGCAACGGUUUCAACCGUCUGCGUUACCGAUGACAAAAAGAAAUUUGUUCUCGGAGAUCGCGAAGCUCUUCGAUCCCCUCGGCUGGUUAUCACCAGUCGUAAUCCGUGCAAAAAUUCUGAUGCAGUCCCAAUGGCUGGAGAAAAUCCAGUGGGACGACCAAAUUUCCACGGACACGCAAAAAACGUGGAACACGUUUUGCAGGGAUUGGAGCAGUCUCAAAGAACUAAAAUUCCCGAGAUGGAUCCAAUACGGAGCAGACGCAGUUACUGUGGAACUACACGGAUUCUGCGAUGCAUCACUCGCUGCCUAUUCGGCCGUCACUUACUUACGUGUGACGACGAAAAAUAAUGACGUGUUUACGACAUUAAUCAUGGCAAAGACACGAGUGGCUCCGAUAAAAACACAGUCUAUCCCCGUCCUGGAAUUGAAUGGGGCUGUGUUACUUUCCGAGCUCAUAGUGCACGUGAAACGGUCAUUCCCCAUAGAAAUGAGCCGCAUAAUCUGCUGGACAGAUUCCACGAUUGCACUCGCUUGGUUGAAAAAGCAUGCGUCGACAUGGAAGGUUGUGAUAGCCAACCGUGUGUCAAAAAUUCAGACCAUGCUCCCAAAAGCUGAAUGGCGGCACGUUCCCACGCGCUUCAACCCAGCGGAUCUGAAUUCGCGAGGUGUAGACGCCGCAGAACUCAUUCAGUCCGAAUUAUGGAUUUCCGGGCCGAAAUGGCUUCGACAAUCAGAGGAAAAUUGGCCGAAAUCGCCAGCCUCGCUCGAGACCGAGGAGGAUCGGGAAUUGAAGGAACACUUCAAUACGGUGUAUCAAACUCCAGAAAUGCGAACGAAGUGCGGUCAAAAGGGCAUUAAGUGGAGGUUUAAUCCACCCAGUGCUCCCCACUUUGGUGGUAUGCAAGAAGCCGGCGUGAAAUCGGUGAAACAUCACCUGAAACGCAUCAUCGGCGAAUUUACACCCACAAGCGAGGAAAUGCAGACACUCCUCUGCAAGAUCGAGAAUAAUACAGUGAGAGGGGAGAUAUACCCUACCAUCCCGGUAAUUAAUAUGGAAGGGAGCGAUUCGCGACAUCCGCACGUAAAAGCAGGAUCCGCAGGACGAAUCGCCCAGUUUCACGACGGAUUUCAAGUGAAAGUGAAAAAACAAAAAGUAAAAAUGUCAUCGAGCGGGGACGAAAGUCUGGUCACGGUGGUGGGGUCCCCACGGGACCAGGAGAUCGACCGGCAAUUCAACCGGAUGGUGUUGCUGGCCGACGAACAACAGCCUGGCCCUUCGGGCAUACAGGCCCAAACCGAGCAGCGGACACCGCGGAACCCGCCGCGACCGGAGGACGAGUCCGGGAGUCGGGCCCACAGCCCCUACUGA